AUGAAUAAAUCAAAAAAUCUUCCUUUAGAUCAAAACGUCUAAACAUCCUUCUGGGAAUUUAUCUAUCAAGGCUAAAAACAAUAUUAACGACUUGUCUUCUUACUAAUGUUUAUUUAUUCAAUAACAAGAUUAUUAUCAACACUUUUUGGAGAUAAAAAGUUUUAUUUUAUGGGUGGAGGGGGUUUUGUGAUACAAACAAUUUUAUAGAUAGCAAUAUCAAUAAAAGGAAAACUAUUUAUUAAAAAAAUAGCUAAUUCAUUGACAUGUUUUAUACUUUGUUUAAUGUAGAUUUAAGUUUAUCAAACAAAGAAUUUUUAAGAGAUUUAUGAUAAUUCCUAAUUACUAAUGAUAUUUAAUAUGAUAGUUUAUAGCUUUAUUGAUUUUAAUAUGAUUUUGAUAUAAAUAAUCAUCAGUAUAGGAAUAAAAGUUUGGAUUACAAUUAUUAAUGAUGGAUUUGAUACAUAUUCUUUGAUUUACUAAUUGAUAGGUGAUUUUGCAAUUCUCUUAUAUGGUUAUUACAAUAAUAAAAUAUUAAAAAACAGUUUUCGUUAAUAAUGUUUUGAUAAUUAAUUAUGUAAAUAAAUUGUUUAUACAUUAGUUCGCUUUCUACCUUUAUUAGUAUAAAAUUAAUUCUUAUUGAUAAAUUUUGAUGAAAAAUAAUAGUAAUUUAAUUUAAAAUUUGAUAAUAAAAUAACAUCUAUAAUUUGGGAUGAAUCUAAUGCACCUACAAAAAACUUAAGGAUUUUCUUAAGGAAAUAUUAUUUUGAAUAGAUUUCAUUAGAGUAAUUUAUCUUAUCAAGAAUAACUUAAUUUUAAGAGAAAUUUGAUUAUUUGUUUACAAAAAGUUUUAAUAUUAUAGGUUUGGAUUAAAAUGAUCAUUUAAAUAUUAAUUAUACUGAAUGUUUUUUGGGAGAAAAAUACUAUUUGAUUACUUUUAAUAGAUCAAAUUUAGAACUUGAACAAUUUAAAAAAAUAAAAGAUUAAUUUAUAGAAUGUUUAAAUUCAAAUUAAUCUAUUACUUAAAGUUUUUUAAAAAAAUAAUUAUUUUAAUUGUCAAACUUAAAAUUAAAUUAAAAUGUUUAGCAAUAGAUUUCAAAAUUAAAAUUACAUUGUAUGUAUUUUCUUGGAUAAUUUAAUUAAAUUAAUAGCUUUUCAGAAGUAGAUUUUAAUAUUAAAGAUAUAAAUAUUAGUAAAUUAUUGAAAUAAAUAACUCAUUUAUUUUGUAAUGCUUAUAAUACAUAAAAUUUUGAAUUAGUUUCAUUAGAAUUUUAGGAUAUUUAUAUAAAAAGUAAUGAGGAAUUAAUUUAAACAUUUAUUUUAAUCAUUUAUUAAAUAAUAAUUAGAUUAAAAGCAAUAGAUUUGAAAAACAUAAUAUCUUUUGGUUUGGAAUACAACAACAAUAAAUUAAUUUAUAUAUAAAUCUAAACUGAAUGUUAUUUAGAAUUAAAGUUUGAAUUGGAAUAAAAUCCCUUAUUUUAGAAAAUAUAAAGAAGACUUUGUCCAAAUCUCGAGAUUAAUAUAAUACAUAAAAGUAAUAAAAAGGAUUUAUAUUUUAGCUCUAAAACUGUUUUUAUAUUAAAAUUAAGAAGCUUUAGAAUAAAUUCGCAAAAUUCAAGAAGAAAUUAUUUGA